AUGGUUUCUGCUUCCAAGGCGGCCCGUAUGGCCAAGCGUGGCGAUGCUGCCUCCAAGAAGUCCAAGAAGGAAGAAGUCACUGGCGACCAGCCCGCCACCUCCGAGGACAAGAUGAAGGACGUCGAGAAGCUCACCUCUCAGAUGGACAAGCACGGUCUCUCCGAUCGUGUGACUACCGGUGUCCUUUCUUCCCUGCCCGCUUCCCGUGACUGCAAGAUCACCUCCGCCUCUCUGGUGUUCCACGGCAAGGUCCUGUUCACCGACUCUACCCUCGAACUCAACUUCGGUCGUCGUUACGGUCUUCUGGGUGAAAACGGCUGUGGAAAGUCCACUCUGCUGAAGUCCAUUGCCACCCGCGAGUUCCCCAUUCCCGAGCACAUCGAUAUCUACCUUUUGAAUGAGGGUGCUCCCCCCACCGAGUUUGGUGCUCUGGAGUGGGUAGUCCGUGAGGCUCAGGCCCAGCUCGACACCAUGGAGAAGAAGGCUGAGGAGAUCCUCGAGGAGGAGGGUCCCGACAGUCCCAUUUUGGAGGAUCUGUACGACCGUAUGGACAAGAUGGAUCCUUCCACCUUCCACACCCGUGCCUCUCUCAUUUUGACCGGUCUCGGCUUCAACAAGACCACCAUCGACAAGAAGACCAAGGAUAUGUCCGGUGGUUGGCGUAUGCGUGUCGCCCUCGCCAAGGCUUUGUUCGUCAAGCCCUCUCUGCUUCUGCUUGAUGACCCCACUGCCCAUUUGGAUCUCGAGGCCUGUGUGUGGCUGGAGGAGUACAUGAAGACCUGGGAUCGUACCCUGAUUCUGGUUUCCCACUCCAUGGAUUUCUUGAACGGUGUCUGCACCAACAUGAUUGACAUGCGCGGCAAGCAGCUGCUCUACUAUGGUGGUAACUACGAUUCUUACCACAAGACUCGCUCCGAGCAGGAGACCAACCAGAUGAAGGCCUACGCCAAGCAGCAGGAGGAAAUCACCCACAUCAAGAAGUUCAUUGCUUCCGCUGGUACUUACGCCAACUUGGUGCGUCAGGCCAAGUCUCGCCAGAAGAUUCUCGACAAGAUGGAGGCCGAUGGCUUCAUCCAGCCUGUCAUCUCCGACCGUGUCUUCACUUUCCGCUUCGCCGAUGUCGAGAAGCUUCCCCCUCCCGUUCUGUCCUUUGACGAUGUCAGCUUCUCCUACUCGGGUGAGUGGAAGGAUACCCUGUACGAGCACCUUGACUUCGGUGUCGAUAUGGACUCCCGUACUGCCCUUGUCGGCCCCAACGGUGUCGGCAAGUCUACUUUGCUCCGUCUGAUGACCGGAAAGCUCAGCCCCAUCGGUGGCCGUGUCUCCCGUCACACUCACUUGAAGCUCGGUGUUUACAGCCAGCACUCUGCCGAGCAGCUUGACUUGACUAAGUCUUCCCUGGAGUUCGUCCGUGACAAGUUCCCCGAGAAGUCCCAGGACUACCAGUACUGGCGCCAGCAGUUGGGCCGCUAUGGUCUUUCCGGUGAGUCCCAGACUGCCAUCAUGGGUACCCUGUCCGAGGGCCAGAAGUCCCGUAUUGUCUUCGCCCUGCUCGCUAUCGAGUCCCCCAACAUGAUUCUGCUUGACGAGCCUACCAACGGUCUCGAUAUCCCUACCAUCGACUCCUUGGCCGAUGCUAUCAACGCCUUCUCUGGCGGUGUCGUCGUCGUGUCUCACGAUUUCCGUCUCCUCGACAAGAUCGCCAAGGACAUCAUGGUCUGCGAGCACAAGACUGUCCGCCGCUGGGAUGGCAGCAUUGGUGCCUACAAGAAGUACCUCCGUGACAAGAUGAUCAGUGCUGGUGCUGUCUAA